AUGAAGAUCAAUGACAUUACAGAUGCCAAAAUUGAAGCCACACUGUUUGAUAUCAAUACCAAUGAGGGUUCCAAUUUGCUAUCAACUAAUGUGGCCAGUUUGGAGCUUCAGCAACCCCCUCAUUUUCCUUUAGGGUUUCAUGGGUAUCGAUUAGAAGGAAAACUAAAAAAUCCCAAGCUUUGGUCUGCAGAGCAACCAAAUCUGUAUACAUUAGUUGUCACCUUGAAAGAUGCAUCAUGCAACAUUAUCGACUGUGAAUCAUGUCUAAGUAGGCAAGGAGGGUUUGUUUGGGAUUGGGUUGACCAUGGGUUACUCAAGGAAAAUGCAAAUGGUAGCAAAUACUGGGCAUAUGGAGGUGACUUUGGAGAUACACCAAAUGACUUAAGAAGGCAGAAAAGAGAUUGCAGGUUGAUCCUACUACAUGGCCAAUAA